AUGGUGGUUGAAGGAACUGACUCAUCCCAAAUGCGAAGUCUGCCUCCAAUUUUCUUGGAAUGCAUGAUACUACUCCCUGGAGGAUGGAAGAAGCCUAUGCUUGGAAUGCAUGGAAUCAGCCAUCAUGGACACUGGUGUUCAAAGGAGAUCGAGGAUAGGCGAGCACCGGCUUGCUGGGAUGAGAACACAACCUCAGAAGCUUAUCAGGAGAUGUGA